AUGAUGCGGGCUGCGCUCCCAAUAUGGGUACCAGACCCUGUUUGUUCAUUGUCACGUUUGAGGACCCGUCACAUGCUCCUACGUCCUCCUAUAGCUUGUGGCCCGUAUGCGCAACGCACGCAGCUUCUAUCAGCCGCAGGCGUGCGAUACUCGACAAACAGGCCGUACGAAGAGGGGCGCAUCAAAGUAGAGCGUAAUGAAGGAAUGCUUUUCAUCAACAACAUCGCCCCGCUACGACUCCAGUGGUUCUUCCGCCUGUCACCGGUGAGCGAGGGUCAAUUUGUUGACCGUGUUUUGAGACAGUUUAAUCAGCCCUCCUACGCCGCUGCAGACCACUGGGCCAUCGCAAGACGGGCCAUGCCGCCUGAUUGGAACAUUGAGAUCAAGGCGGUUGUUCCUCGACUGAAAGAAGGCGGGCUGUUUGUGAAGUACUCCCGUCCGCCUGAUAAAACCGAUGAGGAGAUAGAAGAGGCCGUGAAAAUCCAUCUAAUGGACAAGCCGAUAAGACCGUGGUUCAAUCCGUUUGACCAGGUCGGGGUAGGGCGCGUCGUGGGGAAUCCAUGGAUCGAGGACCUGCAUCGCUUUCCGAGCCCCAAGUUGAAGGUCGAGUUUUGUCCGACGUCGCCCGAAACCACUGCGACCGAACUGACGCAAGAAGCCUUAUAUACCAUUUUCCGAAAGUAUGGGAAACUGAGGGAUAUAGAACGGCAACAACCGGGGUCGCCGGUUACACCCAAGUUCGCCUACGUGGAGUUCAGUCGGGUUAAAUUCGCCGUCUUGGCCAGGAGUUGCGUGCAUGGUCUGACAGUCAUAGAAAAGGAUGGGGGCGGUAAACAUGGCACGGUUCUGAAGAUCACAUACGAGCGAAAGAUCAAAGGCUCCUGGAUCAGGGAGUGGCUGUUCAAUCAUCCCAGAAUCGUCAUUCCCACCUUAGCCGCGCUGAUCGCGGGGAUAACUGUCAUCAUCUUCGAUCCGAUCCGCACGGCAUUUAUCAAGCUCCGGAUCAAAUACUUACUGAAUACCGAGGAGAAGGGCUUUUGGGAGUGGAUCCGAAAGCAAGUAAGAAGGGCAAAUAUUCUCUCCUCUGGGCACCAAAAGAGCCAAAGCAAUAUACUCGCAGCAAUCUGGGACAAUCGCAAGAAUGAUGUCGCUCAAUUGCAGUCUUGGUUGAUGGAGAGCGCAGGUACUUUUAUCGUCGUCCAAGGCCCACACGGCUCGGAAAAGCGAGAGCUGGUUAUUCAGUCGCUGAAGCGGCAUAGAUACAAGGUCAUUAUUGAUUGCAAGCCUAUCCAAGAAGCGAGAGGAGACUCUGCAAUGAUUUCCGCUGCGGCGACCCAGGUGGGCUACCGACCCGUCUUCUCCUGGAUGAAUAGUAUCAGCAGCUUUAUCGACCUGGCUUCCCAGGGUAUAAUCGGGACAAAAGCUGGAUUUUCGGACACACUGGAUGCGCAGCUUGGUAAGAUCUGGGCCAACACUGGAAAUGCCCUCAAGCAGAUUGCGCUAGAGGAGCGGGGAAAGGAUGAUCGAGAUUCUCAAUUGUCAGAGGAAGAGUAUCUAGAGGCGCAUCCGGAGCGGCGACCCGUCGUGGUGAUCGAUAAUUUCCUGUACCGGGCCAGCGAAAAGACUCUGGUCUACGACAAGCUGGCGCAAUGGGCUGCUGCGCUGACAACAGAGAAUAUUGCACAUGUGAUCUUUUUGACAACGGACCCAUCGUAUCCCAAGUCUCUCAGCAAGGCGUUGCCCAAUCAAGUGUUUCGGACCAUCUCGCUCGGUGACUGCUCUCUUGAAGUCGGGAAGAAAUUCCUUCUGAGUUACCUGGAGCGUAAUGGUGGUGAUGACGGCUCCAAGCCAGGUUUAUCUCAAGGAUUGGAAGACUUAGAAAGCUGCGUCGCCACCUUGGGAGGUCGUCUGCCGGACUUGGAAUUUAUGGCACGUCGGAUCAAGGCAGGAGAGAGCCCUCAAAGUGCUGUGAAUCGGAUCAUCGAACAGUCUGCUGCGGAAAUCCUGAAAUUCUUCGUCCUGGAAGUCGAUCCCGACACUCGGCACUGGACUCGCGAACAGGCAUGGUACCUCAUCAAAGAGUUGGCAAAUUCGGAAGAUGCAGUUGUCCCGUACAACCAAAUCUUACUCUCUGGGCUCUUCAAGGAGAGAGGAGAGGCCGUGAUCGAGGCUCUUGAACAAGCAGAGCUGGUCGCGGUCGUCUCGGUUAAUGGCCGACCGUCUGCCAUUAAGCCUGCCCGGCCAGUAUAUCACGCUGCAUUCAGACGUCUGACCGGGGAUAAAGUGUUACGCAGCCGCCUCGACCUGGCUGUUCUCGCUCUGCUGAUUGGGAACGAGAAUAAGAAAAUUAGCAAGUAUGAAGAUGAGCUUCAGUUGCUUGGCCGCCUUCACAAGCAACCGAGUCAGCUUACCUCGCGGGUCCAAUGGGUGCUGCGGAAGAUCGAGCAUGCACAGGCAAAAGUGGAGCGGUACGAAAUGGAAAGCGCAUCUCUGGACCGGGUUUUGCAAUCUGAGCGCUGA